GGUUCUCGCAGUCGGAUGACGUGGCUGAAAGUGGCGGAAUGUGUAAGCCAACAGCCGGAGUUACAUUAUUCAACGUUUCUUCAUCGUCUUCGACAUUGAUUGGCGAAUACAAGCCAUGUGACAUGUACGCGUCAAUCACAUGCGAAUACGAUGUGAGCUCGUGAGGCAAUUUACGCCAUAUGCGUCUGAAGAGCAUCCUACAAAACUGCCACUGUCAUACAACCAGGAAGAAGGUGGGAUAGCCCUAAGAAAGCUAACAUCCCAAAUUUGUAAACUUUCCCCCAGAAAAGGAUGGGGUCUUCCAGGUGGAAGAUUGCAGUUGUGGCCUUUUUUUCGUUUGCCGAGUUAUUAAUGCCGAUCGAGGCAGAUGAACACGAACACACGUACACAGAUAAAGAAGAGGUGGUGUUAUGGAUGAAUACGGUGGGGCCUUACCACAACAGACAAGAAACAUACAAAUACUUCUCCCUGCCCUUCUGUGUGGGCACCAAAAAGACCAUUAGCCACUACCAUGAAACGCUAGGAGAGGCUCUGCAGGGAGUCGAGCUGGAGUUCAGUGGCCUAGACAUCAAGUUCAAAGAUGAAGUCAUGCAAACAACGUACUGUGAAAUCGAGCUGGACAAAGCCAAACGGGAUGCCUUUGUAUAUGCCAUUAAGAAUCACUAUUGGUACCAAAUGUACAUUGAUGACUUACCCAUCUGGGGAAUUGUCGGUGAGGCAGAUGAAAAUGGAGAGGAUCAUUAUCUGUGGACUUACAAGAAAUUGGAGAUCGGCUUCAAUGGCAACCGUAUUGUCGAUGUCAACCUGACAAGUGAAGGCAAAGUCAAGCUUGUGCCCAACACAAGAAUUGCAAUGUCGUACUCUGUAAAGUGGAAGAAGUCCGAUGUGAAGUUUGAAGACAGAUUUGACAAGUAUCUUGAUCCAUCUUUUUUCCAACAUAGAAUUCACUGGUUUUCCAUCUUCAACUCCUUUAUGAUGGUUAUCUUCUUGGUUGGCCUGGUGUCCAUGAUCCUGAUGAGAACGCUAAGAAAAGACUAUGCUAGAUACAGCAAAGAGGAGGAAAUGGAUGACAUGGACAGGGACCUGGGGGAUGAGUAUGGAUGGAAGCAGGUCCAUGGAGACGUGUUCCGGCCGUCAAGCCACCCCAUGAUCUUCUCCUCCCUUAUUGGCUCUGGAUGCCAGAUCUUCUCGGUCUCUUUCAUCGUCAUCAUCGUGGCCAUGAUUGAGGAUCUGUACACAGAGAGAGGAUCUAUGCUGAGCACAGCCAUCUUUGUAUAUGCUGCCACCUCUCCCGUCAAUGGCUAUUUUGGCGGAAGUUUGUAUGCAAAACAAGGAGGCAGACGGUGGAUUAAACAGAUGUUUAUCGGGGCCUUCCUGAUCCCUGCCAUGGUGUGUGGGACAGCCUUCUUCAUCAACUUCAUCGCCAUGUACUACCAUGCCUCCCGAGCCAUCCCCUUUGGCACCAUGGUGGCUGUUUGCUGUAUCUGUUUGUUUGUUAUCCUGCCACUCAACCUUGUGGGAACCAUUCUGGGAAGAAACCUCUCUGGCCAGCCCAACUUUCCUUGUCGAGUCAAUGCAGUGCCACGGCCAAUCCCUGAGAAGAAAUGGUUCAUGGAGCCAGCUGUCAUUGUCUGUCUGGGAGGAAUCCUUCCAUUUGGUUCCAUUUUCAUUGAAAUGUACUUCAUCUUCACUUCAUUUUGGGCCUAUAAGAUCUACUACGUAUAUGGGUUCAUGAUGCUGGUCCUAGUUAUCCUCUGCAUUGUCACCGUGUGUGUCACAAUUGUCUGCACUUACUUCCUCCUCAAUGCUGAGGACUACAGAUGGCAAUGGACAAGCUUUCUCUCUGCUGCAUCCACUGCAGUUUAUGUUUACAUGUACUCCUUUUACUACUAUUUCUUCAAAACAAAGAUGUAUGGUCUGUUCCAGACGUCCUUUUACUUUGGCUACAUGGCAGUGUUUAGUUCUUCUCUGGGAAUUAUGUGUGGAGCUGUUGGGUAUGUGGGAACAAGUGCCUUCGUGAGGAAGAUCUACACAAAUGUGAAAAUUGACUAGGACAGAUGCAAGCAAGGGAUCCACAGAUAAGCUGACGCUUUCCCCAACAUACUUUUUUUUUCGCGGUAUCUCACUUUGUACAAAUGUAGUUCUCCUUUUUCUGAAUGAAUUUGAAUGUUGCAAAACAAAGAUUGUACAAGAGCAAAACUGCGGAAAAAGAAAAUUCUAACCGGUUCUGUUUUUAUCAAUUGCAUUCAACCAACGUUCUGAAGCAGAUGCUGUUCAAAACGUAACAUGGCUUCCCCUUUCCAAUCCAGUCCCACCCACCACCAGAGAACAUAAAGAUCUUUAUUAUGGAAUAGUCUAGCUCUCUUCAGUGAAGAGGCCAUAUUGAAAGCCUUUGUUCUAUUGUAUUAGAAUAUUGGAGAGUUGGGUUUGUGUCCAUGCUCUGACUUGAUUCUAUUUUGUAUUAUUGUCACUCAGAAUUCCAUUAUAUUAUUAUAUUCUGACUUCCACGUUCAUUUUUACUAGCUACACUAGACACUUAACAUAUACUGGAUGUUAUACUAACGUAUCAGAGUUAGUCAAAAUAUGGGAAUGGUUCUAUCUAUUUUCCAAAUACAGUAGUUUAAAAUCAACCAACCAACCAAGAUAAAUAUUUUAGAUCUGCUGAAGUUUGCUGUACAGAUGGGGGGGGGAAAAUAACUUUUUUUUUUGCGAAAGGAACGAGUGAUCAACAGUUGGUUUUGAAGUACAGUAUAAAUGACAGAUUGUUUUAAAUGGAUGUUUGAUGUGAUUCAAUUUCCCGCUUAUGUUUUCUUAAUGUUUGGGUUUGAAUGAAGUCUACUUGUAAAGAUAAUAUAUGGAUAGGGGGAAAAGUGUAUAUAACCUUAAUAAUGUAACUUUAGAUGUAGAUCUCAAAUGUAUUUUGGUUGUACAGAUUUACUACAGGGUUUUUUUGGGGGCUUUUUUUAAAUCAUUCGGUUAUAAACAAAAAUAUAUAUUUUGUUUUUUUUCCUGUUUCGGUGCUUGGGAUGGGGUGGCGCUGUUAUCUUGCCUGAAAUUGCAUGACGUUUCCAUCGAAACAUAUGCUUAUCAAAUUCCAUUUUGUUUGGCCAUUCGUUAUCUACAUUUCCUUCACUUUCCCUGGUUGUGGACAUCUCAUGUAGCAGUCUCAAAUUCAAAGAAGUGUGUGCUGGCUGCUUGCCAAAGAGUGAGAUGACAGAAAACUGACUGUUUAUUUGGUUUGAUGUAUGCUUUAAAUGGCUCUCCAUUCUUUGGUCAGCCAUGUCCCUCACGUUAUCUUUGGUUUUCAUAACCUGAAACAUUGUGAAUGUCAGAUGAGAGGCAAUUGUGCUAGUUUCCACAGAAGUGACAUUUAUGUACACUUAACUAGAUGUGUUCAUAGCUACAUACAGUGCUGCAGUGUUUUAAAACCUUUUUGUUGUUGCUGUAAAAUACAGUAUGUACCUUAAAUGUAUGAGAAGUGGCAAUACCUUUCUCAUUUCCAAUACUGAAGUUGAUUUUUGGCACCUCAUGUUGUGUACUAUAUGUCUAAAGACAUUUUAAACCUGCAUAUUAACUUGCUGUAAAAAAUGAACAAAAUAAACAUCUUUAUGUACAGGGGUUAUACAUGCAUGGUUUGUAAAUGGUUACAUUGUCUGGCUUAUACAUUUCGUAACUGAUUCCUUUCUUUUUUUCAACUAUCCAAGACCAGAAGCAAUAUUCUUUGGGCACUGUUUUGGGAAAAUACAAUCUGUAUGAUCACACUUUUUAAAAUCGGUAGAAUAAAACUGGUGUGAUGGCA